AUGACCUUUACCUUCACGCAGCCUUCAGCACUCGGCCCCUUCAAGCCGACUCUAAUUCUCCACGGGGGUGCCGGCUCCCUCUCCCGUGCAAAUCUUCCCCCAGACCUCUAUGCUCGUUACCGGACCUCCCUGAUCAGAUAUCUUACAGUGACCCGUGAUUUACUCAACUCGGGCACACCCGCGCUUGACGCCGCAUGUCAUGCGGUUGCCUUGUUGGAAGAUGAUCCCUUGUUCAACUGCGGUCGUGGAUCCGUCUUUACGGAGUCUGGAACCAUCGAGAUGGAAGCGAGUGUGAUGGUUUCGUCGGUUGAUCCCGCUGGGCCUCCUGCUGGCGGAAUCAAACGGGCCGCUGCUGUCAGUCUCAUCAAGAACACGAGACAUCCAAUUCUGCUCGCCAAGGAGGUUCUCUUGGAAGCAGACGAAGACGGUGGCUUGGGCGGCACGAGCACGAUGCAUUGCCAGCUGAGCGGGAGAGAGCUUGAGGAAUGGGGUUGGAGGGAGAGGGCUCUCGAGAAGAAACCAGACCGUUGGUUCUGGACCAAAAAGCGCUGGGAGGAGCAUAGGAAAGGCCUUCACCACGACGACACCUACUCGUUCAACAAUCUCGUUGCCUCGCUUGAUGCAUAUUCCGAGUCACCCUUUGAAGACGACGACUCCGAGGUGGAUGAGAUUCCGAGUCAAGGCACCGUCGGAGCCGUGUGUCUGGAUUCUUGGGGCAAUCUCGCCGUGGCAACAUCGACCGGAGGACUCACCAACAAGAAAGCUGGGAGGAUUGGUGACACGCCGACCAUCGGGGCCGGAUUUUGGGCAGAAGCCUGGGAAGAAGAAUCCGUUAAUGUGCCCCAGGUUCGACCAAGACCGUCUUCCCGCAGAACUUCAGGACUCGGCAAACUCCCCGUCCUAGACCAAAUCCUGUCCCAGGCAAACGAGUCCUUGGGGUCUUGCCUCAAUCCAUCCCAACCAGAACAUCCCUAUCAACCGCUCACCGGAGCUCCUCCAGUAUAUUCCCCCUCAACAACUGCCUCAUACCAACCGUAUCCAUCCCCUCCCGUACGACAUCCCUGGUCAUCUUCCACCCAACCAAUUCGAAAACGUCGUCGCGCCGUAGCAAUGAGCGGUACCGGCAACGGGGAUUCCUUCCUCCGUCUCAACGCCGUGCGCACCGUCGCCGCACUUUGUCGCCUCUCAGGUCCGCCCUCCGUAUCGCUCGCCGAUGCAGUCAGAACGGUCACAGGCCCCAAUGGCGAACUGCAACGCUCGGCCGGUGAUCGCUGGGGACGGACCGGCGAAGGCCAAGGCGGCAUCAUCGGAAUUGAAGUCAUUGAUGAGGAGCAUGAGGAAGAAGACCCUCAGCCAUGGGCGGCGGAUGACUGCAAGAAGCGAACAACCGAGUGGGGAGUGUCCUCCUCCAAGAAGAAGAAGAGGGGCCACGUGGUGUCCGCCUUCAACUGUGGCGGUCUGUUCAGAGCGUAUUACGAACUUGACGAAUCGGGCGUCGAGAUGCCCAAAGUCAUGGUCUUCCAUGAGGAGUACUGA